ACAUGCUCGCCCUCACUGUGCCUCUCUACCUGGCUCAAGGUUGUGGAGGAGCCUUCUCAUUCUUGAAGUGUGCUGAGGUCUUGAGAUAUGUUGCAAAUCAGGUGUGACGACUGUCCCCGUAACCCAGGGGAAUAGUCUACUGUGCUGUGGCCCUUGAGUCCUCAAAGCCUGGUGCUCAUGUGUUUUGGUUACUCAUCCUUAAACAAGGACAGAGGCUCCAUGUUGGCCAACAUGCUUGCAGGCACGUGAGCACCAUGAGUGGAUGUCCGUGCUGCACUCUCCACUUGGGCACCAGGUUUCUCAGGUGGAGAUGUGGAGGGUGGGUUAAUGCACAAAGUCCCUAGCACCAUAUCCAUCACCCAGAAAGCAUUCAUCUCAGGUGGUUCUGUGGGUCUGUGGUCAGCUCACCUCUGCCUGGAGAAUUUGGUGCAAUCUGAGUGUCCUGGUCUGGGUUCGAGAUAUGAAAGGCCGCCUGCCCCAGCAUGCGUGGCUCCUGGCAUCUUCCUGCUUGUCUGGCUUGGCAGGCCCUACAUGCUGCCCUUCCCCUGUGCCCUGGCUGUGCCUCCGACUGGGAGCUUCUGCAUGGAUGCUGGGUGGCAAUGGGUGUUUUGGCUGUUUGUUUCCCUGGUCAGUGCAGUCCAUGUCCCAGAGCCAGGGACCAACCCUGUAUGUGGACAGAGCCUUUUCCAAACGUACUCCAGACCUGCUCUUCUGAGUUCAAAGGGUGGUGCACACACAGUUCAUUCGAGUGUGUUUCUCAAUCCAAAUUCACUGGUCCUCUGUUUAGUUGAAGUUCCUUCCAGGCCAUGGUUUCCAGCACUAAGGCAACUUUUUGCCUCUUGGAGUAGCUUUGUUGACCUUUUCAGCCAGAAGUUGUAGAGAGAACAACAGGCUCUGCUAGCAUGAUACCAUCUUAGCCUGGAAUGUUUAUGGCGUCAUUCAGCAGGGACAAAGAGGUCUCUUAUCCUUAGCUGCAGGCCCCAUGAAGAAGGAUAUGCUUUUAGGGAGGUACCACAAUACCAUAUGGAAGAACCAGGAUUCAGUGUCCCCUUCUAUAAAGUAGAGAGUUAUUACUGGAUUUGUUGUUGUAUUUUGAGUUUUACUUUGUGCUAGGAACCUUAUAUACAUAAUCUGUAAUCCUCACAAUAAUGCUGCGAGACAAACAUCAUUAACCCAAUUUAUAAACCACUAAAUGGACUCUUUUGUACAGGGAUUUAUAGGUCAUGAGUGCUGGAGCUAGGACUUGAACCCAGGCUUACCUGUCUCCAAAGUCUGCCAUCCUACCAUCUACCGUGUGUUGCCUCUUUUAAGAGACCUGAUUUUAUAAUAUCUGAGGCCCACUUUGGCAUCAAAUUUUUUGAUUCCAUGAAAUAGAGCCGAACUCUUUCAAAGCAAAUUUUGAUGCAAGUUUAAAGAACCUGCAAGAUCCACUUUAAAACUUACUGUAUUUCAUGAACUUAUAACUAUUAAAAUCCAUUUUGUUUCCAUCUGCCAGCCUCACCAUGCAUCUGGGAUAAUUUGGAUCUGCCAGGCCUGAAAGGUUUCACUCUGGGUCUCAUGUCUUUCUGGAUGUUUUUGUGUUUGGCACCGACAUUACAUGCCUGGUCUGUCAGUAUCUACCAGGUGCAGUGAGCGACUCUAGUCUGAGAGACCUUCAUUUAGGAAUGCCAGGGAAGACAAGAGCCUACUUUCCUUCCUUCUAAUUGUUUGGGCUCAAAUUAAUAGGCAGCUCACUUAGAACACCCAAAGUUUUCUUGUCUGAUUCCAGGGCAAAUGCUAGGGAAGGAAUUUGUCCUACCGCUCAGUUCCAUCAUGCAGAUUCCAUGCUGGGUUGCAGGUGAUUGGUGAAACCACAAAAUAUUUUUGUGGAACCCUUUCCAUCUCACCAUGGCAAAGAAUAAGGAAAUUUAGACAGAAUAAAGAAAAUCAGGACUAGUAUAUGCUCUCCAGGGAGCUUCUGUGAAAGGCCAGUGCAGGAAUAUAGUUUGCACAUAGUAGGUGCUCCAUAGCUAUUUGUCGAUUAAACGGUGGAUGAAUAUUGAAGUGGUGGCAUAGAAGUUAAAUCUCAAUUCACUUUUUUAACUCCUAUUAUUAAAGGCACACUUCUAAUUAGUUAACUGAUUAAUUAAGGAGCCUGGGCCCUAUGAAGUUCAUGAACAGAAUAAGACUCUAGAUGCCCCAUGGGGAAAACUCUUGUCUCGGAUUGAAAACAAAAACAAAAACAAAUAAAAACCCUAAAUGGAAGACUGCUAGACACAUUUUCCCAGUUCUUAUGUUGUUACUCCCUGGCAGGAAGUUAAAUGCUUCAGAUGCCUCUUUUAAUUCUUCUGCGAGCUCUUAGACCUCUAUAGAGCCCCCAAAGCAGCAUUUCAGACUCAGGUGGCUUAAAAAAGCUACUUCACUGAUUGGUGACUCCAGCCCUGGAAGGACUUGUGUGUCACAAAUAAUUGCUGAUCCGUAUGAUGCGUCUCUCAAUGAGGGCAUGAGGCCCAUUUGGAUUUAAGAUGCCCUGAAGCUCCCAAUAUUGUUGGGCCCUAUGGGAUGGAAAGGAGGAGGAAUGCUCUGUUUUACUCCUCGUUUCUCAUGUUUUCCCUUCCUUUUACCAGCAGGGCAUUCAUUACUUUAAAGUAAUGGUAGAUAUUGUCCUUCAGUGGCUCUGGCUUGCUGGAAAAGGAGCUAGUGUGUGUCUUGUAGCAUUACAUUUCAUGCGUAUGUGCACAUAAGUGUGUGUGCUUGCAUGUGCACAUGUGUGAGGAGGAUGCAGUGUGUCUUUCUAGCCAUGUGGACACUAAUUUGUCCAGAUGUGGGCUCCUUCCUCUGGGCUUAAAGGAUGCACAGGAAUCACUAUAUUUACUAUAUUUAUGAUUUAAUUAGGGAAAUGAAGUGUCCCAGCCACCUGUCCUUUCCAGAUCCACGAGGAAUCUCAUUACCAUUCCAUCUAUGGCAACCAAAUUGCCUCAGUAAUGAAGCACCGGGAGACGCCACAGCUGUGUUCAGUGUGGCUUUGGAAAUCGUUAAAGUCAUUGAAGGAAAAGGGAGGCAAUAGCAUUUAGUGCAUGAAGUGGGCAUCAUCACCUGCCCAGCCACAGGCCAUCAUCUCAUCUUCCCUUGGCAGUGAGCCAGGCCUUGAUAGACUCAAACUUCUUAAAAAGCCUUAGCCUGGGGGCAUCACUGGUGUCUAAUUUAGUAGGGAGAUUGCUUCCGCCAAGUAGACUCACUUUAGAAAAAUGAAACCAGCAGGCAGAGAACUUGUCUACCUUAGAUACUAAUGAGGGCACAUACGCUCUUCGAGACCCAAGUGGGAAGGCCUCCUGGGAGGGCUGGCUGCAGGCUUUAGGAUGUUCCGUGAGCACGAGGUACCAUUCGGCAGUUUGACCACCUUAUGUGUACAUGGAGGCUGAGAGAGACUUUGUAGAUAGAAGAACAGGAAUCCAUGCUGGACUGAGAGGGAAGAGGGAACGGCUGAGGAACAUCGAGCGCAUCUGCUUCCUUCUGCGAAAGCUGGUGCUGCCAGAAUACUCCAUCCAUAGCCUCUUCUGCAUCAUGUUCCUGUGUGCGCAAGAGUGGCUCACGCUGGGGCUGAAUGUCCCUCUACUUUUCUAUCACUUCUGGAGGUAUUUCCACUGUCCGGCAGACAGCUCAGAGCUAGCCUACGACCCACCGGUGGUCAUGAAUGCCGACACUUUGAGUUACUGUCAGAAGGAGGCCUGGUGUAAGCUGGCCUUCUAUCUCCUCUCCUUCUUCUACUACCUUUACUGCAUGAUCUACACUUUAGUGAGCUCUUAACGCAAAGACCGUGCACGUCAUCAGAGACUGAGAUGGGAGAGACCUCAGACGGAGAGGUGCAUUUCUGCUGGUGACUGGAGGAGGGACCAGAAUGGGGAUAUGUGAGAAAUAGACCCAGCAGGCAGUCUGACUGAACGGGAGCUGGGAUCACGCAGCCAGCUGGGAGCCAAGUUAACCCUGCGUGUCUGUUGUUGCCCUGUGUGUCAAUCUUUGGCAUUCGAAUUCCACAUACAGGGUCCUAGAGCCCUUCUGAGCAUCAGUGGUGUGGGGGAGUAGGUGACAAAACACUAGACCUCUCCUGAGAGAGAAUUGCUGCUUCCUGAAUCCACUUCAUUGAACAGCACCUUGCAAGUUCACACUGAGUUCCUGGGCCAUGGGAGCAGAGGCUGGAAGGCUGCAAGGUGCUUGCUAAGGAUCAGAAUGACCCAGAGUCAAGGCCAAGUCUGCAGGGACCUGUUGAAAGCCUCGAGAAUGCCUUGGCUGCCCAAGACUCUUGUUGCCUUUCUUCCAAGCCAUGGCCACACCCUUUUUCUCAAAUGGGAGGGGCUGGAGGGUGUGUGGGAUUUGCCUUCAGCUGUAACCAGCCUUGAGCUCGCGGGGCUGUUUUCAGCUGAGGAGGGGUGAAUAUAGGAAAAAUGGAUUUUUGAAACGUUUGCAACAUGUUCAAGGUGUUAGUUCUCCACCACACAGGUUGUAUUCUUCUUUUGCCACCUCAGACCAUCAGAAUCAUUUAAUGCAAAUCAAUUGGUCAAUGCUAGUCAAAGCUAUGUUCUUACAAAAACCCCAGACAGCUCAGAGCUCAGAAAAUCCUGUGGAGUGGCUGCUCUGUACCAUGGGCAUCCGGCAGCCAGGAAGUGAGACAACAUAAUUAUAACUUCGUUUUAUGAUGCUGCAUCAUUUGUACUGUUUAGGUCGACACGAGGACAUCAUCUUAUUUAGAAUUUUCCAUUUGGCAAUCUCUUUUGGGUGGGAGUUGUGCUGGGGGUUGUAAAUAAUGACAAGGCUGAGAUUUUUAUGAUGUUUAAAUUGGGCACAAUGAUUUUGACCUUAUUCCCCAAACUUCUUUUCUACUGUUUAACAUACACAGGCUAUUUAUACACAUCCCCAGCUCCCAUCUGAAACCUGUGACUCAGGUUUAUGAAUGGUGUUUGUGUAGCAACACAUUGUGUGCUAUGUUUAUUAAAAUGCAGCGACAACUUGAGUGUCUCACUUAA